AUGGAGGAGGCACUGGAGCUCACGGCCACGAGCAACCCGUACCUGGACUUCUACCGCAAGUUCGUGCGCGAGCACCCAGGAGAGCUCACGGCUGUGUUCGACCCGGAGCUGAGCGAUGAGGCGCGCUCCGAGAUGUACGCGGCGCUUGACGUGAGCGUCGCAAUGAAAUACUCUUGGGCGAUCCCGGACGAGCGAGCGCUGCAGAUUAUCAAGCACUACGGACCGAUUGUGGAGAUGGGAGCGGGUAGCGGCUACUGGGCGCGUCUGCUGCGGCUCCGUGGUGUGGAUGUUGUGGCCUACGACCUCCACGUUGCUGGUGACGACGACGAAGAGACGAAGGAGGAGGAGGGGGAGGACAAGGAGAAGGAGAAUGGCAAGGCUGCUGCCACGAGCGGAGAGGAGAGUCAUGGUGACGCAGAGGAGACUCAGGGGAAAGUCGAACAGGUUUACUGGACGGACGUACUCAAGGGAACGCCCAAGGACCUGCGCAAGCAUGCAGGCCGUACGCUUUUCCUCUGCUAUCCGGACGAUUUUGAGGACAGUCACGAGUCUAUGGCAAUGGCGAGUCUGUGCAAUUACGCCGGUGAUACGGUGAUCCACGUGGGCGAGCUUUUCGGCCAUACCCUUUGUCUUCCUGGCGCUUGGUGA